CUAAGCUACAUAGGACAGAACUGUGAAGAAAUCCCACAAGAGCUAGCAGAACUGUAUGGACAUAGAGUCCUCCAGCUUGACCUUGGACACAAUCUCAUCAGUGAUGUAGGCAAGUUGAACACCCAAUUUCCUAGUCUGCAAGAAUUGAUACUAGACAGCAACUGCAUAGGAGAUUCCUUGAAUGUCCCUCCUUUACCACGGCUCACCACGUUGACGCUCAACAAAAAUCAGAUAUCAGACUUGGAGAGUUUCCUGGAUAAAGUAGCUCAUAGACUUCCGUCACUGUCCUACUUGAGUUUGCUUGGGAAUGCAGCUUGCCCUAAUCAGUUGUCAUCGGUCGAUGCAGAUGAGGAAGACUACCAAAGAUACAGGUACUUUGUCAUAUACAAACUUCCAAAGCUGAAAUUUCUCGACUUCAAGCCAGUGUCUAAAGGGGAACUGGAGGAGGCUUUGAAGCGUGGCGUGUACACGAAGGUGAUAAGAUACUGGCCUAACGAGGAGGUCGACGCAGAUAGUGGCAGCAGUCCCGAAAGCGCUUCGAAACUAACGCCUUUGCCAUCGCAAACACGCAACAACGACCACUAUGCCAUCUUUGGACAGAGCAAGUACGUCUACUACGGCCGGCACUCUGAGGGAAACCGCUUCAUUCGCAACCACGACUUGUGACACGACCGACCAGCACCACGCAGCACUGCCCUCACACUGCAGGGCGGCGCAAGGGCGUCAGCUAUGCACCAUUCGCUGCCGGGUGUGUUAACCGGUUUGCGAUUUCUCGGGGGCAGCUACACGGCACUCAGCAUGGUGAGGUCGACGCUGGCUCGCCCUCCGCGGCAGCCACCAGGGGGCGUGCCUCACGGUGUACCACAACACUCGUACGUGGCUCGGCCCGCUCGUGGCAGCCACCAGGGGGCGUGCCUCGGCAAGCUCUGCAGCAGCCACCAGGGGGCGUGCCUCGGCAAGCUCUGCGGCAGCCACCAGUGGGCGUGCCUCGGCAAGCUCUGCAGCAGCCACCAGGGGGCAUGCCUCGGCAAGCUCUGCGGCAGCCACCAGGGGGCAUGCCUCGCGGGCUGUCAGACUGGUACGUGGUGGAUACGUCAACUUCAACAGCUGCCGAUGCUGCCUUUGCAUUAUGAGGUGACAGCCUUGCGUUUUGGGUUGUUCCUUUUGCGCACUCAUGUAAAAAUUCAGUCCCACCGACCGACUCUAGGAUAGAUUUAUCAUUCUGCGUGCAAGGUUCUUGGAUCAAAACUUUACAUCAGCUGAUGCAUUUUGUAAUAAAUUUUCAGUGCCUUGCUUCUAUUGCUGUUUUAGCUAUUGAGAUCAUUUUGGUUAAAAAUCAGUGAAUUGCCAUAAUCAUGAAAAUAGGGAAAAACAGUUAUAAUGGAUGUGAUUUCUUAUCAAGGCUUGCCGUUAAUGAACAGAGUGCUCUUGUUUGACGAUGCGUGGUGUAAUUAAUUGUAAAUUAUUUCAAGAUUUUGCCAGUUGAUAUAUUCUUGUAUGUUUCUCUAACGUUUGCACGUGUUACUUAUAAUUGUGCUAAUAUUUAUUUGUGCACUACCUGCAAUGUAACCAACCAUGUGUCAGUCACGAUGUGGUAAUUUUAUUCAACCGGUACGUUUCGUUGGGUACUUAAAUUCAUAUAGACUAUAUAAUAAGUGCCGAUUUCGUGUUUCCAGUAUUUGUGUAGUUGAGGUGACAGCUACAUACUUGCCAUCAGGGUAAUAUUAUAAUAUAGCAAGCAGUAUAGUCCUAGGUUGUAUAUCACAAUGACAAUCAGGUGUAAGAGUAAAGGAAUGUUUUGUAUA